UUGAUAUUGAGAGCAGACAUUGAGACUGAGAGGAGAGAUUGAUUGAGAGAGAGAGGAGAGUUUAGAGGAUUGUUAAGUGGAGACCAAGAGCUACAUUUGCAGCUAUUUGCCGCAAUUUGCAGCUCUUUCUUUGAGCCUUUGGAUUAAACUUCGUUUUUUUCCCGUGUGGAUUUCCUUGAGGACUUGUGGUGGACGCACGAUGCCUCGUGUCAAGUCCUUCCGCCGUUCUCAGGCAGCUAGGAGGAGGAUGGCGGAGCGCCCUACUGUGGUCUUCGGACCUCAACGGGCUGGCACCAACUCCUGUGCACCCCGCGGUACUGGUUACAGCCAUGCUGUGUUGCAGUGGCCAAUUCCCUCGCUGACUGGACGCAGUCACAAAUUGGUCAUUCCAGCUGAGGCACCAGGCAAGAAGUUCGUUCUUGUUGUAGGAGCCUCCCAUCUACGUGCCCUUGUAGAUGGUUUUGUCAUGAUGCCAGAGGGACGUAUCUCCUUUGGCUACAUGUCCACCCCAGGGGCCUGUGCGACUGAGUUGAGGACCGAGUUGCUUAAUGCUGCUGUCACUCGGACACCCGACGUAGUCUGUGUUAUGGCCCCUAGCAACAACCUGACAGCAAGCAGAACCGUGGACGAGGCAGGAGCUGACUUCCGCAAGCUCCUUUUGAGCGCCUGUAGUCGCUGGCAAACAGACUUCACGCCUCGUCUGAACGUCGAUGUUGUUCUGCAAGACCUCAUGCGCCAAGAGUUUCGUCGCGUGGCAGCCAGCAUGGGUAAGUUUAAAGUUUCUAGUCCCAGUACAGACGGUCACAACCACGCACAGUAUGGGUAUAAAAUACUUGACUGCAAGAUUAACAGUGCAUCAGUCUUCAUAAGAAGCUUACACCCUUUCGUGGCGCUAAGCUACGAAGACCAAUGCAAACAGGUAGAGGGAAAAAAAAAAAAAGGAAUGGAGAUCUUGGCUCAGUUGCUGUGGGUUUCGGCCUACCAGCAACUGGAAACACCAUCGCCCAAGCCUAAGGUUCCUCACAAACCACCACCCCCUGUGAGAACCUUCGCUCCCAAGGUGGUCGUGAAGGGAGAGGUUGUCAAGCCACGUCAGUCGGACCCUUUUGAGUGGACGCAUGUUGGCAGGGACAGGAAGAGAAACCAUCCUGAGGACAACGAGCAGACCUCUGAUGAAACCAAACGCAGGAUGGUUCACCAGCAGGUGGUGUUGAAGGAGUGCUUCAUCCCACUGAAUCCUGUCCGCUUCAGUACUGCCAUUUUGGAUGCAAUGGAUCGUGCUGUUCCAUCGCAUCUGCCUACCCCUGUGUGUGACGUGUCCACACCCGUUCCACAUGGCAAGCAGGCGCCAGUUGUGGAACGAUGGCGGACAUCUGUGGCCUCAAAGAGGAGACCUGCUAGGCAGCAGGUAGCGGCAAAGCCAAGAGUUGCGACUUUGUCCACCGAGGCUUCAGCGACCAGUCCUACACGCGGGGCUGUGUUGGAGGAGGCAUGUGCAGUUUGUGUGGAGGCAGCAUCGAGCGUUGUGGAGGUGUCUUCCCAGGCUACACCUACCAGCCCUGUGCUGUCCGCUGGUCCUGCCCGUCCUAUCCCGUGUGCCCGUGCUGCCCCACCAGCCAGAGCUGCGAGGGAGAGGGUUGGUGCACUUACUGCGGAGGCGACCCUGACCCUGGGUGCUGUGGAGGUGACUUCCGAGCCGUCACCUACCAGUCCUGUUCCAGUGGCUGUGGGGGAGGAGAAGAGCCUACAGAUGCAGCGUACGCCACUAUCCACCAAAGGUAUCGAAAGCGCAAAUCUGAGGGUAAACUAAAAUCUGCCAGUGACCUGGAUGCAAAAGAAUCAAAGAGGCAACAAAAAAAAUGGAGACAAAAUUCUGCGAAAUAUUACAGAAAAAUGAAGACCUUAAGAGAUGUUUUAGAUCUCACCCCACCCUCGAUCACUGAUGACACUGACGUACAGCCUGGACCACCACGCAGGGUCUUACAUCGUAUCUCAGAAAAUGGUCAAAAUCACAGAGCUCAUGAAGGUCCUUCACCAGUAGUCUCCCCAAGAACAUCAACACCAAAAAGAAAGAGGCCUGCUGCAUCCAAGCUUAGAGCCAAACUCAAAAAAAAAAACAAAUCCUUGGAAAUGAAAGACAGAGAAAUAGACAGGCUUAGAAAGCAAAUAAAGCGAAUGAAAAGAAGAAACUAAAACAAGGAAUAAGCCUACAACAGUCCGUUCAUCCAUCAAUAGGAGACAACUGAUGGGAAGUGCCAUAAGAACCUUCUUUCAUCGUGAUGAUGUAUCCACGAUUGUGAAUGGGAAAGCAGGAGAGAUCAGGCGAAGUGGGCAGGUGUUCCGGAGAAGGUUUCUCUGUGACACUAUAGAGAAUCUUCACAAACGUUUUCUGAUGGAGAAUCCAAGCAGGAAGAUUUCUCGUGCUCAGUUUUUCAAGUGCCGCCCUUUCUGGAUCUCUAGUCCAACACUAUUGGACAGGGAAACGUGUGCAUGUAAAAUUCAUGAGAAUUUUGAGGGUAAAAUAAAGAAGUUACACCAACUGGGAAUUGCAGGUGUAUCAUCUUGUUUAGAUGUGGUUGACUUUGUGGUGUGUGAGAGAGGGAACAUGGAUUGCAUGUGCAGGCGAUGCAAAGAUUGCAAAAGCAAGUCAUUCUCCCCAAUGCUGGAUCCAAAUACAAAAGACAACAUAGUCCAGUGGAAGGAGUGGGUGAGCAGGUCCACACCCAUCACAAAAAAAGGGGAAAAUGGAUCAACUGUUGAAAUAGAGGUCAAGACAACCAGCCUUGAAAAAUGCUCUGCCUCCAUUGAGAAGCUUGUGAGUCUUACUGAAGAAUCACUUUCUCGCUUCUGUAAACAUACAUACAACAUUAAACAUCAAUUUGAGCAUAUCCAGAUCUUGAAGUCAAACCUGCAGGACGAUGAAGCUGUAGUUCAUGUAGACUAUAGUGAAAAUUACAACUGUAAAUGGAACAAGGAGAUCCAGGAGGUCCACUUUGGAGGAUCACACAGACAGGUGACACUCCACACAGGGGUGCUCUAUCUGAGUGGAGGAAGACUAGAAUCAUUUGCUUCGGUGACAGACUGCCUCAGACAUGAUGCUGCUGCGACAUGGGCACACCUGGACCCAGUUUUAGAGCACCUCCGAAGUCACUACCCUGCUGUCACCAAGGUCCACUUCCUGUCUGAUGGGCCUACGUCACAGUACAGGAACAAAACUGCCUUCUACCUGGCUUCAACUGUGCCAUUCCUCAAAGGUUUUAGUUACAUUACUUGGAACUUCACUGAGGCCUCACAUGGAAAAGGAGCACCUGAUGGUGUUGGAGGUGCUCUGAAGAACCUUGCCGAUCGGAUUGUGGCAUGUGGGACUGAUAUACCGGACAUGAGAGCACUCAUCACAAAUCUGAAACAGCAUUCUGGUGUGAGAAUAUUUGAAGUCACAGAGGAGGAGAUUCUCAAAAGCUCUGAGUUGGUUCCUCCCUCACUCAAACCUGUGCCUGGCACAAUGAGCGUGCACCAGCUCAUUGCAAAGGAAGCAGGCUGCAUCAGGGUUAGAGACGUCUCCUGCUUCUGCAAAAGCUGGUGUGACUGCUUCUCUCCAAGAGAAUUAAGAUUUUCCUGUUCACAUAACAGUGGAGCGGAAAAGGAGGAAGGAGAUACAGAUGCAAGAGCAAUUGAAGUUGGGACAUGGGUUCUGGUGAACUACGACGGAGACCUUUUUCCAGGCAUUGUUACACAGAUUGUUGCUGAGCAGUACGAGGUGGACACAAUGUACAGGGCAGGACCGAACAGGUUCUUCAUCCCAACAGUCAAGAUACCAGGGGACAAAGUGUGGUACUUCCCGGAGGACAUUAAGGAAGUCAUCCCAGAGCCAAUGCCUGCAACUUCUUCUGCUCGUCAUUUUUGUGUCUUGCCUCAAAUUUGGGCAAAGUACUCAAAAAACAUCUGAACUGCAUGAAAUGGCAUUUCCAUGAGUUUUGAUGAGUUUUAUCUUUUUCAUGUUCAGUUGUCAAAAUGUUAAUGUCAGUUAUGUCAUGUCCUGUUGACCUUUUCCUUUAGAUGAAAUGAAAUUAUUCACAUUACCGCAACAUGUGAUCUCAUCCUCCGCAAUGGACAUUUCAUUACUGUUACAGAUGAAAAUAAACUGAUAUUUUCAUAUUUCUAUUCUUCAGAGAAAUUUAUUUGUUCAUUUAUUAUAUUAUGUUCCUUAACUAUGCUCCACGUGUUUUCUGGAAAUCAUUUCUUGUUAACAAAGAAAUAAUUUGAAAAAUUUGGCUCUAAAAUACCUUUAGCAUAUCGGUAAUGAGAGUUACUACUUUUUAAAUGUGAUUAAAAAUAUAUAAAACAAUACUAUUGAUGCACUGUGCUGUUCAUUCAAUGUGCUCAUUAAUGUAAAUGUGAAAAAUUCAGUAAAAAUCUUUUUUUAAUUAAUGGUCUGCUUUCUCCAUUCUCCAUAUCGGUAAUGAGAAUUAUUCUGGAUCAUGCUGGUAUGAAAUUGGAAUAAAAUUGAAUUAAAUUGUUUUCCUGUAUAACUUUUAUCAAAAGAUAAAAGUUCACAUUCUACUUUAAUCACUAGAGUUAAAAAAUCUG